ACCAGAAAUGAGGAAUAUAUUUUAUUUAUAUCUGAUGCUUAGUAUUGGACGUUGCUCAGAUGAACAGAUUUUUGAGACCAAGAUUGUUCGUGUUGGAAAGGAGAUAAAACUGACAUGCCCCCGUAGGGAAGUAGGAACCUUGUUUUGGAUCAAGCUUGUUUCUGGAGACUUUCCUAAAAUCUUAGGAAGGUCAUUUACCUUCCAGCGUGGUGAUGAGCGCAUUAGAACUGCAACAGAAACUGGAGCAUUUGUUCUGUAUAUUACAAAAGCUCGGCAAAGUGAUACAGGUGUUUACUUCUGUAUGAAAACAGGAAAAGAAGACUUUAAAAUUUUGAGUGGAAUAUUCCUGAAAGUUGAAGGACCAGAACCAGCUUUCUCUACAGCUCCUCCAUCUGAUCCUGUCCAUGAGAAACCUAUAUUCACUCUGCAGUGUUCAGUCCUCCAUGACUGCCAGAAUAAAGCAUGUCCAGCAGCUGAUACGGUGUUUUGUUUGAAUGCUAAAUCGCAAAAAUUUCACUCCACUUUAAAUUACACUCAUAUAAAUGGUGGAGCUGAAUAUGAAAAAAACUUGGAUGGACUAUCAGCAACGAAAUGCUUCUCCAGCUACUUGCGAAACUUCAGCACCUUCGAUUCUCAGACAUAUUACUGUGCCACGGCCACAUGUGUGGAGUCAUUUUCUGAAGAUACAACAAAAGCUGAUACUGAAGGCGAUCAACAAGAACAAUAUAGUUCUCUAUUUUUUAUGUGCUACUUUGGCUAUAAGUCUGAUUGUUAUAGCCUCUCUAAUUUAUUCAAUCAAGAACCUGAAGAGGCAAUCAUAUGUGGAUUGUAAUGGUAAGCAGUCACUCAUACUGUACAUCAAUGUAUCAAAUAAUACUUGGAAAAGUAAACUAAGCUCUUUUUAUGUGACAAUAUAGCUGCUGUUGGUCUGCAAACAAAUGUAAUUCCAAAUGGUGAUCAGGAAAAUCUGCAGGUAGAUUCGGACUCGGUGGUUUAUUCUCUAGCAACUUUUACAAAAGUGAGCAAAUCACGGACAACGGAUACAAAACCUGCAGAAUGCAUCUACACUGAUGCCAGGGCCCUUGUACUGGAUUGACAAAACUCAUCAAUGUGAAUACAAAUGUUUAUACAAAGUUUUUGUAUAAAUAUAAAUUAUCAUUUGGACAAACUUAAAGAAAAUAUGAAAUGUAUUUUUUAGGUUUUUGUCAUAGCUUACAUUCAAAGAUAAUAAAUAAACAACAGAUGCAAACAACUGAAAGUUUUUUCAUUGUAGAAAGUUUGAAAAAUAAAAUGUUUUUAUUGUGAUGUUUCACAAUAAUCAUUUGUAUAUGUAUGCAUUUUUUUGUACAAAGUAAUAAACAGUUAUAAAUAGUCAUGGUGUUAAAAUCACAGACACAGAUUAAUCUCCUUAUUGCCCAUGGAAACAAGUCUUUCCUAAUCUGCUUCUUCUUCAGAUUAGAAAUUAGCGACUAGAAAGGAUCUAUUCUUUCUUAACAGACAAACAUACUGUUAUGCAAUGAUA